UUAGUUCAAAGAGUAUGUUUUCACAACACUAGAACUAUCACCUUCAUUCUAAGCCAAAAUUCUCUCCUGCUUUCUUAUUCUUCCUUGCAAAAUCAACCCUUUUCGAGUUUUCGCCCACAUGGAAUCCAAACAAACCGUACGCCCCAACACCAUCAAGCUCGAAACAAUUCGAGGAAACCACCACAUGGGUGAUGAAGAGAGCCAACACCAACAAGAUGUGGAGAAGGAAGAGGACUUGUUUGAUUACACGACACGAGCUCAAUGGCUAAGAGCGGCGGUCUUAGGAGCCAAUGACGGGCUUGUUUCCACCGCAUCACUCAUGAUGGGAGUUGGUGCGGUGAAACAAGAUGUCAAGACCAUGAUCCUCAUUGGUUUUGCUGGCCUAGUCGCCGGGGCUUGUAGCAUGGCCAUUGGUGAGUUCGUGUCCGUGUACUCUCAACUCGAUACCGAGGUUGCUCAAAGAAAAAGAGACAACAUAAGAGAUGAUCAAAAGGAGGAAAAGGAUGAGGAGGGGUUGCCAAACCCUCUACAAGCGGCAUUAGCCUCGGCCUUGGCAUUUUCAGUAGGGGCUAUGGUCCCGCUUUUGGCGGCCUCCUUUAUACAAGAGUAUAAGGUGAGGGUUGGGGUGGUGGUGGCGGCAGUGACAAUGGCGUUGGCCGUGUUUGGGUGGUUGGGGGCGUUCCUAGGAGGAGCACCGGUUGUAAGGGCUUCUAUUAGGGUUUUAUUGGGUGGUUGGCUUGCUAUGGCUAUUACUUUUGGUUUAACAAGGUGGAUGGGGACAUAUGGCCUCUAAUUUAAUUAAGUUGAUAAUAAUAAUAAUAUCUAUGUUUUUUUUUUUUUUUUUUUUUUUUUGGGUGGUGUUGUAACAAAUUAAAAUUAGGCUACUUCAUCACGUGUUGAACUUACCUUUGUAAGCACCUAAUCAAUGCUUAGCUUGUUAAAUGUGUAUUUGUGGAAAAUUAAAUGAGUAAAAAAUUUAUUUUUGUUAA